AUGAUAGCUAGUGCUGAGACAAUGCUAGGAAGAUGGAAAAAUCAUGUAGGCCAAGAGAUUGAGGUGUUUCAAGAAUUUAGAUUGUUGACUGCAGAAGUGAUUUCUAGGACAGCAUUUGGCAGCAGCUAUUUGCAAGGAUUUGAAAUGUUAAUGAAGUUAAGCUCCUUACUUGUCAACUUUGAUCUCAAACUCAAGCUUCCAGGCAUCAGCAAAUUUUUUAAGACCAAUGAUGAGAUCGAAGUAGAGAAGCUUCGGAAAGGAAUCCGCAACUCCAUAAUGGAGAUUGUUAAGGAAAGAGAGGAGAAGAGGAUUUCGAUAGAUGAUAUAGUUGAUGAGUGCAAGUCGUUUUACUUUGCUGGACAAGAGACCGUCAAUACUUUGCUUUCCUGGACUGUCUUUCUUCUGGCACUCCAUAAUGAUUGGCAAGAGGAAGCGAGAAAGGAAGUCCUGCAAUUAUUCGGGAAAGAGACUCCAAAUCCUAAUGACCUUUCCAAACUAAAAACAAUGAGUAUGAUCAUCAAUGAAUCCUUGAGGCUAUAUUCUCCCAUUCUUUACGUUACAAGGAGUAUUGAAAGGACAGUUAGACUUGGAAAGCUCAUUGUUCCUGCUGAUGUUGAGUUAAUCAUCCCAUUUCUAGCAAUACAACAUGACCUUCAAUUCUGGGGACAAGACGCACAUCUUUUCAAACCAGACCGAUUCUCAGAAGGAGUUGCUAAAGCAACUAACAACAACAUGGCGACAUUCAUACCAUUUGGAAUGGGACCUAGGAAUUGUGUAGGCCUUCACUUUGGCACCACUUAA